CAGAUUAAAAGUAUAUUUUAUUGAUAAUUUUAUUUAUAGAAUGCAUUAUGAUUAGCUUGUUUUGGAGAUAAGCAAAUGGAAAUGAUUGUUCCCCCUUUCAUGCAACGCCCAUGGUGUAUCCAUGAAGUUGCACUUGCCGCAGAUACAUAUACAUAUCCAUGAAGUUGUUGCUGGCCGCUCUCGUUUUCACUUUUCGCCCGAGCAUUUCUUUUUUGGGGUUAAUUCUCCGAUGCACAUUGUAUAAUGUAUCGUGGCGCACUUCGUGAGUUUUCGGGCGCUUUUCAUUCUUUCCACCCAGCACACAGGCACAGGCACACAGCCCAGCCAGCCACUCAGAUACGGAUACUCGCCUACCCCGAAGAUACUUUGGGAGGCGCCCUAUACACAUGCAAAGAGGCAGGGAGCGCGUCGUCGUCGUUCGGUGUCGGCGCUAUGUGGCCGCUCGCUCGCCGACUUUCAGUCAGUCUCCUUGGGACUGUGAAAAUGUGAAAAUGUGCGGAGCGUAUAGGUCGUGAAAGCCUUGAUAAUAUUCAUACAUAUACUUUAUUUUUCGUUUCGUUUAACAUUUCUUCUAAUUUGUUUACGCGCUCGUCCCUCCGUCUGGUCUAGUGUGCGCGUGUGUGUCAAUAAAAUCAUAGAAACUUUGGCCAGAAUCAAAGUUGAAUCACAUUAAACAGCAUUAAUUGUGCGUGGGCCAAGCUGCCCAAAAUCAUCCGCCAGAUACUCGUUCGAUUGGCCAUCUCAAGUGCAUCAGUAGCAGUAUCUGAAUCCGUAUCCGUAUCUGUAUCUGUAUCGGUAGCCGUGUCUGUGUAUUGGUGUCUGUGCUUUUUUGAGUGUCUGAUACGAACAAAGCGAAUUCAGCGACAAAGGGAACACUCAAGUUCUCUUCGAACACACAAUUUAGUUUUUAUUUUAUUGGAUUAUCUAAUACGCAAUCGUUUGGAGAGAAAACUUACGCGUCAAGCAUAACAACAUUUAAAAAUAGCAAAGAACUGGCGGAGAAAUCAAAAUGAAAAGUGCAGCAUAGAGAAAAACAAUCUGAAGGAAAUCCAAACAAAAUGUGCAACCAAUCAAUGGAGAUGAACCCUUAACUAAAAAAAAAAAAGAGCCAAUAACUAAAAAUAACAAAAUAAAGCAAAAGAAGAGACUCUGCCAGAAGCUUGGCAACAUCACAGCGUUGGUCCACCGGUCCACUGGUCCACCGAAGCGAUCGGGCCAAAAAUAACCCGUCAGCAACAUACGUGUUGGGAGGAACGGUUCUUGCAACAACUAGAUGUUGUUGCUGCUCCUAGCCUUCAUCAUGCGAUUCGUAGACAUUUCCAAACGCUGUGCGUCCUGCUCCAGGGCCGGCAUCGAUUGCCCGCACAGCGGCAACACCAACAGCAACAUGCGUGGCAACAGCGAUGUUAACGGCAACACGGCUGGCAACUGCUGGCAACAUGUUGCCAAUGGUGGCACGAAAAGUAACAGCAGCAGCACCAGCAGUGGCUGCGACAGCAACAGCUCCUCCAAGGAGAACUACUACAUGCCCCAGCAACAACGCCUGCGGGGAGUCACUCCGCAACAACUGGAGCAAAUUCGCUUCUAUCAGCGCAUGCAGCAGCAGCAAUUGCAACUUUUACGACAGCAACUGCUGCAGCGGCAACGCCUGCAACAGCAGUUGCGCGAACAGGGUGUGCCGGCAGCCCCAAAACCAACAACAACUACAGCAGGUCUGACCUGCAAUCAACAGUAUUUACUGCAGCAGCGAAUGCAACAGCAACAGCAGCAGCAACAUCAUCAGCAGCAGCAGCAGCAGCGAUAUGUGGACCAAAAUACCAGCAACGACAAUGACUAUUUGAACAACAACAUUAACCAUCAAAACAAUGGCAAUGUUGUGGGCCAAGGACUCAAACUUCGACGUGGCAUGACAGAAUUCUCAACCAACAACGACCACAGCAGACCACAUUUCACCGCAUCUCAGCAUAAGCCGCUUCAGAACUCACCAAUCCACCAACCCCAUCCCAACAACUCUCACCCACAUUUGCUUAACCGUUUGGCCCAACAGCAGCAGCAGCAGCAACGUCCUCUCCAAUUUCAGCAGACCCUGCAUUUCAACCAGCAACACAACGGCAACACGGCUGCCCACAUUGUGCCCGGAUCGUCGCCACAUUCCCCGCUCAGCUAUCGGAAUCCCCUGAACAGCCCCAGCAACUCACCGUUCGGCAACACGGCGGCGGCACAGACAACAAUCGGUAAGCGCUACCAGCAGCAACAGCUGACGGAUCGCCUGCUCCAGCAGCAACACCUGCAGCUGUGCCAGCAGCAGCAAUUGCAAUCGCUGGGCAGCGGCGGCGGAGGAGGUGCCGGCGAGGAGGAGGAUGCCUCCAUUGGCGACGAACUGAGCGAAGAGAGCCUCAAGCAGAAUGUGGCCAUUGUGUUGAGCAACUUGGAUAGGUACAACAACGCGUUGCGCAGCAUCAUACUGAAUGAGCAGGUGCAGGUGAGCAGCAUCAGUCCCAGCGGCAGCCUCUUUCUCUCUCGCGAGGACUCCGGCAGCCAGCUCUUCGACAACGAGAGGAAGCUUCACGGGAAUAAUAACUUUGUGCUGGGAAAGAUGGCGGCCACCCCGGAAUCGGACUACAACAGUAAUGCCACCACGCCAGGAGGACGCAGCAGCAGCAACAACGAUCCGCAGCAGCAGCAACAACAUGGGGUAGGUUGGACACAGUAUGGUGGUGGUGGCAAUGGGAUGCGGGAAACUAAUAACGGCGGCGUCGGCAACAACCUCAACUGCUCGUUGGCCUCGUCACAUGACUUUACUCACGACAAUUCCGAUUACCAGUGGUUCCUGGACUACGGCUAUCGAGAUGGUUGCGGCGGGAUGCAGCGGAGUGUGUUAAGCUCCUUGUCAGCCUCGUACAACGCCAUGGGGGAUCUGAUCUACUACGAGGAUUUGGCCAAGAACCUGGACGCCAACCUGGCCGAGGUGGACAUGGAGAGUUUCCGGGCCGAGGAUAUACAUUCCCUACUGUCGCAGCUGCCCGCCUAUUGUAAGAGCUUGGGCGGCGCCAAUAGUCGACUGCAGCAAUCGCUGAUCCUACAGCAGCAACAACAGAAUCAACACCAGCAGCAGCAACAGCAGUUGCUGCAUCACAACAACAUGCUUCCGCACAACAUGUCACAGACGUCGACCACCUCCACCAACGAUAUGAUCGACAACUCCUUCUGCAAGUCGGAGCUGCUCUUUUCGCCGGUGAGGGAGUCGCACAUCUCUGUGGACUCUUUGGAUAUGGAUGCUUAUCCGGACGAUGGGGAGAUAAUACUCACCUGCAACAAGGACAACUAUACGAUUGCCUUUGAGGGCAGUGUCCUUUACUCAGACGACAGUUUCUAUGCGGAACCCAAUGAGCUAGCCGCGCGGAACAAACAAAACUGUAUUAACUUGCACAGCAAUCUGGAGGAUAUAGUCAAGCGUAACAAGGCCCUGGAGGUGUCCAUGUCGCGAUCGGCACAAGCUUUCCAGCCUCUGUGCGCCAUGUCGCCCAAGAGGCAGGCCAAUGCAGCCAAACUUCAGCGACGCUCGUUCUAUCUUGUUUCGCCCGCACGCAGGUAUCCAUCCGGCAACAAUAACACGGAUACCAUUACGAUCACCCGGCAUCUGCCGCAGUGUACGGUCCGCAAGAGCAGCAGUUUACCCAAUCUUAAGGACGAAGUCGCGAUGACGGGCAGCUGUUCAAAGGAGCAUCGAUCAGAGGAGGCUGGCGGAGACCAGGCGGCUCCAUUGAAUGUCUCCCAGGCGAUAAGCACUUCCACCAUGGAGUCCUGCAAGUCGAGAUCUCGCAACCUGCUGCCCAUGUGCCAGAUGCCCAUUUCCAUCAGUGUGUCCGUUUCUGAGCGAUUGCAGCAGCAGGCGGAGCAGCAAUUGACGCCCACAUCUCAGCAAAAGCAGCAGCAGCAGUUGCAGUCACACCACUCACAUCACCAUCGCCACAAGCACAGGUGCAGUUGCUCGCAGGAGAGCCAGAACCUGCUCAUCUCGGGCUCGGCCUCCUCGGGCAAUUCCUCCAAUCCGCCGGCCUUCAAUCUAGUCAAGCUCUUCAUCAAGCAGAAGAGCAACAACAGCAGUGGCGGGCAGGAGGAUUUGGGAGCCCAGGCGAGUGCCCACACAUGCAUGGACGUGUCCUCCGGCUGUUGGCCCUCCAGCGAUGCAGCCAGCUCAAGCAGUGGAUCCCUGGAGCAGCGUUUGCGCAAGAAGAGCAUGAACGAUUCCGGCAAGGGAUCCGCAGUGAGCCGCCACGAAGAGGAGGAGGAGCACUUUGGAAACGCAGAGACGCCAAGGCGUCAGAUGAGAACCAGAUCCGAGUUCUUCGACGAUGUAGUCACCUCCAGUUCCACGGGUUCCCUGACGGCCACCAACUCACCGGCCCAUCGUCGCCGCAGUAUGCCGCUGAGAAAUCCUCAUCUUUACCAACUGGCCGCCCAGGUCUCCACGGGCAGUCAGUUGUCCUCCGAGGCCAGCUCGGAGCAGCUGACCCAGGUCCCAAGACGAAGCGAAGCCGGUUGUGGCACUAGUACGAGGCCCUUGUCCUGCGCCUCCAGUUCCGAGAUGAUUACCCGCUCCAUGCAGACCUCCUGCGGUUCUCUGAGCACCACCAGGAGCAGCGUGAGCGAUCGGUAUCGGUGCGUGCCACCCUCCUUCCUCGAGAAGCUGAACAACCUGGGGGAGCAGAGACAAGCGCCGAUUUACGUGAUCUAUCCCAACUAUGCGCUGCCCGAUUUGGGCUUUGUGAAGACCAAUGCCAGCACGGAUGUGAUCUUCUCGCCCUUCAACUAUAAGAUGACGCUCGAUGGCGCCAGCAGCAGCACAGGAUCACUGAAGAAGCAGCGCAGUGGCAGCAGUCAGAGCGUGAGUGAGGAUGAGCUGCUCAAGUCCUUGGACUACAAACACAUUUCCGACUGGCAAUCGCUAGCCACCCUGCUGCCCGUGGAGUAUCGCCGGCGAUUGCAGCACAUUCCGGAGAUGAAGCAGAUGGUGAGGCAGCUGGAUUCGGAACUGUCGCAGCGUCCACUGUUUUGCAUGUCGCCACCGAUCAGAAGGAAUCGCACGCACAUCUGCGACUGCGCCAAGUACUUCCAGCAGACAGACGAGGCCUCCAGUUCCGGAUCGAGUCAGCAGCCCAGCUCAGGGUAUCGAGGGUCAUCCACUCUCCUCACGGACUCCGAGUUGGACGCCGAUCCACUGAAGCAGAUGUAUGUGUACCAGUACGAUCAACAGCGCAUGGAUUCGGGCGUGGAAACGAGUCCAAGCAGUCAGCAGACUUCCACUCCGCCGCAGCCCAUGCCCAGGAGCAUCCUGCGCAAGGCUCACUCCGCCCAGUCACGCACCAAACGCAAUUCCAUGAUCGAGGCCCAGCAGAAUCAGAAGCUGACCAAGCUGGAGAAGAGACGCAGCCUACAGGAGCCGCCGCACAAUUACGGACUGGGAUCCAAUGAUGAACUGGCCGAUGUUUUCGAAGAGGAGGAGCACAGCCAACAGCAGCAGGCGCAGCCCCCGAAACAGCGGCUCUCCCGCAAGGAUCUGGACGCAAGGGCCCGGGCCGAAAACUUCCUGGCGUCCCUGCCCCGAUCCGAACUAAAGUAUUACGCUGAAAUAGCGGCCAUUUUGGAGUCUUCCGGCGAGCAGGUCACUUACGAUGCCGCCGCCCUCAAGAAGGAGGUCAGUCGGGUGCUCAGCCAGCAGAAGAAGGUGUCCUUUAACGAUGAGGGUGUGUCUGCCUUCGGACUGCAACCGCAACACGCCAAACGCUUCGCCACGCCACCGAACUCACCAAACAUUUCGGUGGCAGCACUGCAGCGACGGGAAACGCUCGAUGUCAUGGAGCAGCGCAAGAUCGAGAGCAAUCGUUUCAAACGCCUGCAAAUACAGUGGGAGCUGAUGAGCAAGGACUCGAGCAUGCUUAAGGAACUGGCCAGCGAGGCGGCCACCAAGAGCGGUGGCUCCACGCCCACCUCGGCCAACUCGACGGGCUCCAAUUCGGCGCCCAGGUCGAGGAUUCCACGGCCAGUGAGCUACCCUGCCGGAAGAAGUACUACGCCCACCUCAUCGCGAACCGUCCCUGUGACGGCCACGCCCUCACCGGCACGCGCCUCCACUCCCAAGACUGUCACUAAAACCUCCACAAAACCUGCUCUUGUUUCCUCCCCACGCCCCAACAGACUCACCAGUGCCCAGGAAGCAGCCGCCGGUGGAGGCAAGGUCAGCACCCGAUCGCCCAGCCGGAUGGUGCAGCCGAAGCGAUAUAGUCUAGCCGGAACCUCAACCACGCCCACAUCUGCCACACCUGCGGCAGGAAGGGCGCGUACGCCCACCAAUCGGGUGGCGGUCACGGCGCCAAAUACGCCCAAGCGCCAAAGCGUUGCCCAGUCGCCCAGACCCACCUCGCGAGUGCGUUGAGCGUCCACACGAGUCCAAGCGUCCAAGUCAUCCACAUUAGUCAGCGGUAGACGACAGGCGACACUUAGCAUCAAACGGAACACCUUUAAUAAUAACAAAACAGAAACAUAUUCAACCAGAAACAAUGAAACAUUGUAAAAUUCUAGACUAAGGCUUUGUGUGCGGCUCGAUUGCUUAGUUAAUGUUGGCCCGGAAAGUGAUAUUUAGAUGGGAGUUAAGCAGGGAUCAUGGAGCGAGAACUGAUAGCGAGAUGUGCUGGUAUCUUUUGAUUGAUUUUGUUGUCCUCAGUUGCGGUAGAGCAGACGAAUGCGAGAAGUAGCUAAAUUUUCUUUUUUUACAAAUAUAUAUAUAAAGAAAUCUAUACAUACAUAAAAGUACAUAUAUAUAUAUGCCAAGUACGCGUAAUUUAAACAAAUAUUUUGAUGUAUAUAUACACACACUCACCGCAAAGAUAAAUGGUAUAUGCGUAGAUGCUUUUCGAAUCGCUACUCCAAACGGGAAAACUUUGAAAACCCUCAUGAAAUUGAUAAAGUGUAUAAAAUAUUUUCUAUACCCUAUGCAAGAUGGCAUAUACAGUGAAUACUCGAGCAACAAACCACACAGUUAGUGGACUACAAUACGCAAUUUAUUAAAUCCCAACAAGGACGAGAGACAAAAGCAACAUAUUGGGUUAACAGACACAAUAAAUGAUGAGCUCAAGAUCGGAUCCAAUCGAUAUUAGGCAAUGUCUAUGCCUCGGUGCAUUAGAAUAAAUGUAUAUUUUUUGUUGCUUUUUCCAUGCUCACGCUGAUCUAUAACACCCGUAAUAAUUAAGUAAAUAUUAGGGGGAGUUGAUUUCCAUAAAUGGCCUUUGAUUCAUUAUGACUGCUUCGCGGAUUUUAAUUUUUGACUUUCCCGUUGGGUUUUUGUUUUGCGUUUUAUGCUGAGACUUUUGUUUAUAACGAGCUUAUGCUGCUGAGCCGAGGCUCAAAGUGAUUUCAAAUUGUACGAUAUAUGUUUACACAGCUAUACUUUUACUAUUAAUCUUACUAUUUCAUUUUUAACUAUUUAAUAACUAUCGCUCUGUCUAUGAUGUAACUAUAAAUGGUUAUUCAACUGCUGGAAAACAUCAUAUUAUUUAUAAGCCCUAAGUCAAAAGUACUUUUCUAUCCUUAAUUGUAUAGCUAUAUUAUUGUAUUAUCAUUAUGUACAAGCAGAAGAAACACACAUAUUAUAGAUUUGCGGGAGAACUUAUCACCAAACUGGAUAUGCGGGAGUAUAUUAUGUAUUAAACCGAAAAUAAAAAAUGUAUAAAAAUACAAAAUUAAUAAAAAUAUUAAUAAACAUGCAAAAUAAACA